AUGGAAACCCUCACUGGAAUUAUUUUUAUGUUAUGUUUGAACGCUAUAGACAAGGUAGUUGCUAUUCAUAAGCAAACAAAGUGUAGGUAUACAGUGGAAACAGACGGACUAAGUGUGAACUGUUCUGGUCUCCAAAUGCAUUCCAUUCCGGAUUUUUGUAACAACAACACUCCGGAGGUCGAUCUUACCAUUCCCCCAAGUGAAAUAGUAAAUCUUGAUUUGUCUAACAAUGUUAUUAAUCGUAUCGUGCAGGACCCGUUUCAUUGCUUGUUCAACCUUCAAGUUUUGAAUUUAAAAAACAACAAAAUUAAUUUUUCAAGUUUCAACGAAAGCUUGUUUUCGCCUUUGGUAUCGUUGCGUCAACUGAAUCUCAAGUACAAUGGAUUUGUAAAUAGUAUGGUGUUUGCAGAGUUGCUAAGCUUAGAAGUGCUCAGGAUGGAUGCUUCCAGUGAAAAUGAGUUCGGAGACUCUUUCGCAUUUUUGAAGUCAUUGCAUACACUUGAUCUUUCUGGAAGAACAGGAAAGUGUGACUUAAGACACAUUAAAAAUACAACAUUUGAGAAUUUGUUAUAUUUGAAGGUUCUAGACCUUUCUUCGUGUAUGAUCAAAUAUAUCGACAAGGGCACUUUUAGCUUGUUUCAAAAUCUGACGGAAUUAUAUCUAUCCUAUAAUCAAGAACUAGGUUUUCAAGUAUUACAAAACAUAACAUUUAAUCUGAAAUACACCAAAAUUGAAAGACUACAUUUGGACAACAUUCGGUGUUUCAUGGGACCGGGAACAACCCUUUGCCGAGAGCACCUGUCAGAACUCACACAGACCUCUCUUGAAGAUUUAAACUUGGCCGGAAAUAGACUGGAAUGGAUGGAAAUGGGUGUUCUGAAAGGCUUACCGAAAACCCUGGAGAAACUUUCAUUAGCAUAUAACAGACUUUCAACAGGGAUGUAUUCAUUUGAGUACAGUUUACUCACUAGUUUGAAAGAAAUAGAUCUUAGCCACCAGUUAAAUCCGCCUAGCAUCAUAUCUAAGAUAUUUCAAUCCUGCAACGAAAAUCAAGACAAGCUUAUUUGUUCUACGGAAUAUGUUUCAAAUUCAUUUUUAAAAAGUGAAAGAUUCGAAAAGAACUCAGGUUUGAUAAUUUCAUUUAUUUUCCCACCUAAACUUGAGGUACUGCAUUGGGAAUCAAGUCGCUUAUAUGGAAGUUUAUUGCGGUUUGGAAUAAAGGCAAAGUCUUUGAGAUCCAUCUACAUGCAGAACAAUAUUUGGUACAAAUGGAUUGGUCCUCUUUAUGGAUUUGAAAACGUCACAACAGUAGAUUUUUCGAUGAACUUUUGCAACAACAUAUCUACAGAAUUUUUGACGUACUUCUCUAAUAUCAGAAUCUUAAACAUGUCAGGGAACUAUCUUGGCAAAAGUUUAUCUCUCGAUUACUCAGGACAGACAUUUAAAAAUCAGUUAUAUUUGGAAGUAUUAGAUUUAUCAAUCAAUAGUAUUGAUAAUCUGCAUAGCGAUAUAUUUGCGAACGCUUCAAACAUAAAUAUUCUGAUAAUAAGUGGAAACAGAUUAUACAAGUGGGAUGUCAAAAUCGACCAUAUGUGGAACUUAACCUUUCUGGAUCUUUCCGAUAAUCGUCUGACAAGCUUUGAAUCAACAGCCAUACAACAUCUUGAGUAUCUGUUCAAUAAAGGAAAUCAAAAUAUAACAGUAGACUUGGCAAACAACCGGCUUUCCUGCACUUGCAAAAACAUCAAUUUUUUAUUAUGGUUGACAUCAUAUAAGUCCCAUUUUAAAGACAUUGAUAACUACACAUGCUUGGAAGAUUCAUCUCCCCUUCAGCAAUCUCUAGAUAUGUUGAUUAAAAAUUGUAAAUCUUAUCUAAUAUGGUACAUCGUUGGCUCCAUUUCUUGCACUUUAUUAAUCAGCUUAACAACUAGCUAUCUAAUUUAUAGCAACCGAUGGAAAAUACGGUACCUAAAAUAUAUUGCCAAUAAAAAACUUCGUGGAUAUCAUCGACUUCAGUCAUGCUGCAGUGGCGAUUUCGAAUUUGAUGCUUAUGUUUCAUAUGCUAUUAAAGAUUUAUCUUUUGUGAAAAACGAAAUGAUCCCCAACAUUGAAGAGCAGUCCGAUAUAAGACUAGCAAUAAUGCAGAGGGAUAUGGAACCAUGUGGGGACCACGCCACAAAUAUAAUGGACUAUAUCAGCCGAAGUAAGCGAACUCUGUGUGUGGUCUCCAAAGACUAUCUAGUGUCUGACUGGCAGGACUACGAGUUAAACAUGGCCAGAAUGGAAGGCAUCAGUUCAAGGAAGACGUUGAAGUUUGUGUAUUUAAUCCUUAUGCCAGAUGUUUGUCAGUCUAAGUAUCCAAGGAAAGCACGUGACUUCAUCAAGAAAGGUUGUUUCAUAGAGUACCCGGAUGAUCCCCUUGGGAAUAGGGUAUUUUGGGAAUCUUUGAGAAAAGAAAUACAAAAAGACAUAAACCGUUGGAGAAUACGUUACAUACGGUACAUGGCAAGCAAAAAGCUAAGAGGGUAUCGUCCACUAAGAUCAAGUUCUAGUGGAGGAGAUUUCGAAUAUGAUGCUUACAUUUCGUACUCCGUUAAAGAUUUAGCAUUUGUUAAGAACGAACUGAUACCCAACCUUGAAGGAAAGUGUGAAAAUAGUAUCAGACUGGCAAUACUACACAGAGACAUGGUACCAUGCGGCGAUCACGCAAAUGUAUGCAAGUCAAAAUACCCACAGAAAGCUCGUGAUUUCAUUAAAAAGGGAUAUUAUAUUGAAUACCCUGAAGGUACUCCUGGACAGUCGGUGUUUUGGGAAAGACUUGGAAAAGUGAUAAAGAAAGAUUUGCAAUCUACAAUUUAA